CAUCAUCUUCUGCUGCCAAGUUUCAAAUUGCAGCCACAUUUCAUUGGAUUUCUUGGUUACAGUCUUACAUAAGUGUUAAGUUAGUGUGAACUGAUGAUUAAAGACCAUAAUUAUAAGAAUUAGUGGAGCAAGCCAGUAACCAUGGCUGCUCAACGUACAAUAACAAUGUUGUUAUCAACAGGAAUCCCAAACCUGAAUGCUCCAACCACACAUCAAAACAGAAUCACUACCUGUGUGUUUCUUCCACAAUCUCCAGAUUCUACUUCUUUAUCUUUUCGCAGACAUCAGCAUCAUAAAUACAACAGGAGGAAUCCCACUACCCCUGUAAUAUGUAUAUCUGCUGCUGCUGCUGCUUCUUCUGCAACUGUAUCCAUUGAUGAAGAAGUCGAGGAAGAAGGAGAAGAGGAAGAAGUUGCAGAGAAGUUUGAUUGGUAUGCACAAUGGUACCCUGUAAUGCCAAUCUGUGAUUUAGAUAAAAGGAAGCCUCAUGCUAAAAGGGUUAUUGGUUUAGAUGUGGUUGUUUGGUGGGAUAAGACUGAAUCACAGUGGAAAGUCUUUAAUGAUUUAUGUCCUCAUCGUUUGGCUCCUCUUUCCGAGGGUCGUAUUGAUCAAUGGGGGAGACUUCAGUGUGUUUAUCAUGGCUGGUGUUUUAAUGCUUCUGGUCAAUGUCAGCUCAUUCCUCAAGCUCCUCUUGACGGCCCUCCGAUACAUACAUCAAAGAAAGCUUGUGUAGCUGUAUAUCCAAGCACAGUUCAGAAUAACAUGGUUUGGUUUUGGCCAAAUUCUGAUCCACAAUUCAAGGAUAUUCUUAACAGCAAAAAGCCUCCCUUCUUGCCUGAGCUUGAUGAUCCUUCUUACACCAAUGUACUUGCUAAUAGAGAGAUUAAUUAUGGGUAUGAGGUUCUUCUUGAAAAUCUGAUGGACCCGGCUCAUGUUCCAUAUGCACACUACGGAAUACUGAAAACACCAACUCCGAAAGUGAAGGCUGAUAGAGAAGGCGGAAGACCUCUUAACUUGAGUAUAAAACACAUGGACAUCAAUGGUUUUUCUUCAAAGCAAGACUGGGGUUCUGGUAACUUUUUUGCACCUUGUGUCUACUAUGCUUACCCAGAUCCACCUCCUGACAAUGCCAAUGAAUCAGUCUCAUCGGAAGUGACUAAUAAUAAGGUUGAUUAUCAGGUUUCCUCAGCUGCAGUGACAACCCAGAAAAGGCCUGUGCUUGUGUUCAUCUGUGUUCCUGUCAGUCCAGGAAAAAGCCGAUUGAUAUGGUCAUUUCCUAGAAACUUUGCAGUUUGGGUUGACAGAAUCAUUCCAAGAUGGGUUUUCCAUCUCAAACAAAACUUGGUUCUUGAUUCUGAUCUUUAUCUUCUUCACCUUGAGGAACGAAAAAUAAUGGAGGUUGGCCCAACUAACUGGCAUAAAGCCUGUUUUGUGCCAACAAAGUCAGAUGGUAUUCUUAUUGGCUACAGAAGGUGGUUAAACAAAUAUUCACAAGGCCAAGUGAACUGGGGUUCCAAGUUCAAUGGAGGUGCUCUUCCACCAUCUCCUCCACGCGAAGAGCUUCUCGAUAGGUAUUGGACUCAUGUAGUGAACUGUUCGAGCUGUAAUGCUGCUUAUAAAGGAUUAAACAUAGCUGAGACAGCACUUCAGGUGAUCGCCUUUGGUUUGAUCGGGGUGGUCGGACUAACCAAGCAGGGAAUGAUGACCACGAUUCAACGGACUGCUGUAUUCACAGUAGCCAUUCUGUUCUUUGUAGCCUCAAAAUGGUUGUCUCGCUUCAUUUACAAAAACUUCCAUUUUCAUGACUAUAACCAUGCACUGAGAUAAGGAUUCAAAAUCAAUACAUGUAUUUGUAUUAUGUUGAUUGUACAUAUUGUACUCUAUAAGAUGAACAUAAUAAUCUGUCUUCACAGUUAUUCAA